UCUAGGGUUUGAUCCGAUUCGUUUCAUGUAAUUUCCGGUUUCAAUCGUCCGGUCCCGGUUCCGUUACCGUUAAAUAGUUUCGGCAAUCGGCACCGAAUCGAUGCCCCCCACUUGCUGUAUGUAUUUCUCAACGUUUGCCCCGCUCUUUGCAGUGGAGACUCGACUGGACUGAAAGCAAAUCAGACGAAGAAAGAGUAGAACUCCGGACUGCUUCUCUGGACUCUCUUGUUUAAACUAUGGAGUCAGGAGCUUCACUUGGGGUUUUGGGCCGUAUUCAUCCAACAUGUUUCACCAGUAGGUCAGGCCUUUGCAGUCAGAGAGAUCUCUCAACCUCACAUCCUCCUCUGAAUGUGUCAUAUCCUAUGCCCAAAGGUUUCUCUUGCAGAGCCACUACAAAAGACAACAGUGUCUCCAUUGCAGAGAGGAAGAUGUCUUUAGAAUAUCACAGUGAUUUAGAGAUGUGCAGUUUAACAGCUUUAUCUCCUUUGGAUGGUCGUUACUGGGGAAAAACCAAAGAUUUGGCUCCCUAUAUGAGUGAAUUUGGUCUAAUCCGCUUCCGUGUACUGGUUGAGGUCAAUUGGUUGGUUAAACUUUCACAAAUUCCAGAGGUCACAGAGGUUCCAAGCUUCAGUGAGGAAGCUCAGACUUAUUUGGAAGGAUUAGUUAAAGAAUUUAGUAUGAGUGAUGCAUUAUCUGUCAAGGAAAUUGAGAAAGUGACUAACCAUGAUGUUAAAGCAGUAGAAUACUUCUUGAAACAGAAGUGCCAAUCCCAUCCAGAGAUUUCAAAGGUAAUUGAAUUCUUCCAUUUCUCUUGUACAUCCGAAGAUAUCAACAACUUGGCUCAUGCACUGAUGCUUAAAGAGGCUGUCAACAAAGUUUUGUUUCCAGUCAUGGAUGAAUUGAUUGAAGCAUUAAGCAUCAUGGCAAAGGAGAAUGCUCAUAUCGCUAUGCUUGCUCGCACUCAUGGGCAGCCUGCUUCCCCUACCACUUUGGGAAAGGAAAUGGCAAUAUUUGCUGUCAGAUUAAGUAGAGAAAGGCAGGCGAUUUCUCAAGUUGCAUUGUUGGGAAAGUUUGCUGGUGCAGUUGGGAAUUACAAUGCUCAUCUAGCUGCAUAUCCUGAUAUUAACUGGCAUAGGAUUGCGGAAGAUUUUGUGAAGUCUUUGGGAUUAAGUUUCAAUCCAUAUGUGACUCAGAUUGAAUCUCAUGACUACAUAGCAAGACUUUUCCAUGCAGUGAUCCGGUUCAACAAUAUCUUGAUGGAUUUCAACUGGGAUGUAUGGGGAUAUAUAUCCUUAGGUUACUUUAAGCAGAUAACCAAGGCUGGUGAGAUCGGAUCCUCAACUAUGCCUCACAAAGUGAAUCCUAUUGAUUUUGAAAACAGUGUGGGUAAUCUAGAAGUGGCUAAUGGAGUUUUGUCCUGCCUAAGCAUGAAAUUAUCUAUUUCACGCUGGCAGCGUGACCUGACUGAUUCAACAGUCCUGAGAAAUAUGGGUGUGGGAUUGGGGAAUUCUCUUCUUGCCUACAAAAGUGCACUGCAGGGAAUAGCAAAACUUCAGGUAAAUGAAGCUUGCUUAAGUAAAGACUUGGACCAGUCGUGGGAGGUGCUUGCCGAACCAAUACAGACUGUGAUGCGAAGAUAUGGCAUACCAGAGCCUUACGAGAAACUGAAGGAGCUAACCCGAGGAAGGGCAGUUAACAAAGAAAGUAUACAAGAGUUCAUUGAAGAGUUGGAAUUGCCUGAGGAAGCAAAGUAUAAUCUAUUGAAACUAACUCCUCAUACCUAUGUUGGAGCUGCAGUGGAAUUGGCUAGAGCUGUGGAUGUGGCUAUUGAUUUGGUAAAUGGGAGUAAGGUCUUAUAGAUUGGCAAAGAUGUUAUGAUCAGUAACUAAGAGUUUUCUGGGCCGUUUGCAUAUUUUGUAAUGAUACUCAAUAAUUCCUGUAUCCCUUGGCAAAUUGCUGAGAAGAUGUUAGGAGGUUUGAUGGAAGGUCAUGGGAAAAGAAAGGGAAAAAAAAAUGAAAAAUGUACUCCGACUUGAUAAAAAAUGAGUUAAGUGAGAAGGAUUAUUAUACAUGCCUUUUCUGAGUAGGGGGAUAGAUGGAUUUUGAUUUUCA